AUAACUAAAAUACACCUGGGUGUACUCUAAGAUAGAUUCCCUUCCUUACCCUUUUCGAGACUGGUUCAGACAACCAAACUGACGGUUAAAGCCAAAAACACCAACCUCUCUCUCUUCAAGUCUCGACUCUAAUUGCUAUAUGAGCACGAGAUGAUCCUCUUCUGUUCUAGACAACAAAAAGACAAUAUAGAAACCCCCAAACGACAUCUUUCUGAUCACUAGGAUUUUAAAGGCAGAGCAUGAAGAAAAUGCUGCACCGUGAAGGAGAGGAAAUGACAGACUCCGGUGACAGUACGGUGAUUGUAGGAGUCAAGCUUGAUUCAAUGAGUAGAGAGUUGUUGACUUGGGCUUUAGUCAAAGUGGCUCAACCUGGAGAUACUGUUAUUGCUCUUCAUGUUCUAGGUAGUAAUGAAAUUGUGGACCGUGAAGGGAAAUCUUCGCUUCUCUCGCUUGUUAAAGCCUUUGACUCUGUUCUUGCUGUUUAUGAAGGUUUCUGUAACUUGAAACAGGUGGAUCUCAAGCUCAAGAUAUGCAGAGGUUCUUCAACUCGAAAAAUUCUAGUCAGGGAAGUAAAAUCUCAUGCAGCAACGAAGUUUAUAGUUGGAGCCGCCAAGAAUCAUCCUUCAAUUUGGUCAUCAACAUCUGUGGCCAAGUAUUGUGCUAAAAAGCUACCAAAGGACUGUUCUGUUCUUGCUGUCAAUAAUGGGAAAGUUGUUUUUCAAAGGGAGCGCUCUCCAAAUACUACUGGAACAAAAGAUCAUAGUAAGAGUUUGCUUAGUGUCGUUCACCGGACGAUUUCAUCUGAGAAGAAUUCCAGAGUAUUGAAUGAAAGUGGUGCCAAUGGGGGCUCUAAGGAUGAUCAGGAUAAUGACCAGAUUUUGGAGAAGGCCUUAAUGAAAGCUCGUUCGAAUAGUCUGGAAAGUAUCAUGAAAGAGAAUUGCUCAGUUUGUGGGUCGGUUACGAUAUCUGCUGAUGAUUCCAGUAAUGAAUCUGCAGAAGCAUCUUCCAGUGAUAAUGGAGGUGAUGACAAGUCUUUAGCUCUAGUUCCGGUACCAAGGCUAGAGGAACCCACGAGUUCAGUUUCCACAUUAAUUAGACAAGUGCCUGAAUUAAAACCUGGUUGGCCACUGCUCUGUCGUGCAGCUUUACCGGAUCAAAAAGAAUCAAACAUAUCUUUGGUAAGGCAGGUCCGUGUGGUUCAGUGGGAGCAACUCUCAUUAUCCACUGUCAAUUCCGAUCAUAAACAGAAUGGUUCUGAUAAGGGUGAAGAUAAAUUGAAUUUAGAUGGAGAAAGUGGUGCAAUUGUUGCAGUUGGAAUGGAGACAGCGACAGCUCCGCAUACUCCUCACCAAAAUUCAAGAAGUCCGCCAAAAGAAUUGGAGGGUCUUCAUGAGAAAUACUCAGCAACUUGCAGAUUGUUUCAGUACCAAGAACUUCUCUCAGCUACAUCCAAUUUCUUGGCUGAAAAUUUGAUUGGCAAAGGGGGCAGCAGUCAGGUUUAUAAAGGUUGCCUUCCUGAUGGCAAGGAACUUGCUGUGAAAAUCUUAACGCCAUCUGAAGAUGUGUUGAAGGAGUUUGUUCUGGAAAUUGAGAUCAUCACUACCUUACAUCAUAAGAACAUCAUUUCUCUCUUGGGGUUCUGUUUUGAGGACAAAAAUCUUCUCUUAGUUUACGAUUUCCUACCAAGAGGAAGUCUUGAAGACAACCUUUAUGGUAAUAAGAAGGACCCACUUACAUUUGGUUGGAAUGAAAGAUAUAAGGUGGCUUUAGGAGUCGCAGAGGCCUUGGAUUAUCUUCAUAGCUGCAGUGCUCAACCUGUGAUCCACAGAGAUGUUAAAUCAUCCAAUAUACUAUUAUCUGAUGAUUUUGAGCCACAGCUCUCUGAUUUUGGACUUGCUAAAUGGGCACCGACCUCUUCGUCUCAUAUAAUCUGCACUGAUGUUGCUGGAACUUUUGGUUACUUGGCUCCUGAAUACUUCAUGUAUGGCAAAGUUAACAAGAAGAUUGAUGUGUAUGCAUUUGGUGUUGUACUCCUUGAGCUUCUUUCAGGGAAAAAGCCAAUAAGCAAUGAUCUUCCAAAAGGCCAAGAGAGCCUAGUUAUGUGGGCAAAACCGAUCCUAAACGGUGGAAAGGUUUCCCAAUUGUUAGACUCAAGCUUGGGUGAUAGCUAUGAUCUUGAUCAGAUAGAGAGGAUGGUUUUAGCUGCCACUCUGUGUGUAAAACGUGCCCCCCGAGCUAGGCCUCAAAUGAGCCUUGUUGUGAAGCUCCUCCAAGGUGACGUGGAAGCGACCAAGUGGGCAAGGUUGCAAGUUAACGCUGCAAGAUCCCAAGUCAUACCAAAAAAUUUAUUAUAA